UCGGUCACAAUGGGGCGACUUCUGGCGCUUCUAAUGCUCUUAGGUGGUGCAUCGGCUUGCCAGCGAGACUGGGAUGCGCUUCACCGUCGAAAACAUCAACACCAAUCGCAUAACAACCAUGCUAAACGCGCCGAGGUUGACUAUCCACCAGCACUCAGCGACGUUGAAUCUGUGUUGGUAAAUUCAUUUGACAACAAAUCCAUCAGCGAUUGGAGUUACUACUACACCCAUGGCGACCACCUGGGCUCACACAACAAAACCAUGGCAGAGUGGACGGCUGAUAAGUGGAGAGCAGCAGGCUUUGAUGCAUACCUGGCCGAGUAUCCAAUAUGGGUGACAUACCCCAAUCACUCUAGUUUGACACUUAUUAGGCCAGACGGAACGACUCACAAGGCCAAUCUGGUCGAGGAAGUCUUAGCAGAGGAUGACACGAGCUCUUACCCGAACCUCAUCCCCGCUUAUCACGGUAUGAGCGGGAGUGGAAAUGUGACUGCAGAAUAUGUCUAUGUUGGGUAUGUGUCGGAUUUCAAGGUUUUGGAGGACGCAGGCAUUGAACUUAAGGGCAAGAUUGCACUGGCGAACUAUGGAGGCAUCUACCGAGGCACCAAAGUAAAGAAUGCGCAAGACAGGGAUAUGGCCGGGGUGGUCAUCUACACAGAUCCACUGGAUGAUGGUGAGAUUACUGAAGAGAAUGGAUAUGCAGCCUACCCCAACGGACCUGCUAGAAACCCGUCUUCGAUACAAAGGGGGAGUGUUCGCUUCUCUUCCAUCUACUCUGGAGACCCAACAACUGUUGGUUGGGCGUCUUCCGAGGAUUCGCCUCGCGGCGAUGUGUCUCGUUAUAAUCCGUCCAUCCCAUCGAUACCACUGAGCAUGAAAGACGGUCAUGCACUGUUGCUAGCAUUGCAAGGCCACGGCGUCACUGCCAAAGAAGCCAACAAGAGUGGUUGGACCGGUGCAUUUGGCAACAUCACUUAUGACAGCGGACCUGCACCUGGCGCGGUCGUAAAUAUCGAUCAUUUGAUGAACGGCUACAUUGCACCUGUCUGGGAUGUUAUUGGCAUAAUCAACGGCACGAGCCCUGACGAGGUCGUUGUAGUCGGCAAUCACAGAGACGCUUGGGUCAUUGGAGGAGCUGCCGAUCCAAACUCUGGCAGUGCCAUCUUGAUCGAGCUGGCGAAUGCUUUUGGCAAACUACUCGAGAAGGGAUGGAAGCCCCGAAGAACAAUUGUACUGGGAUCCUGGGAUGCGGAGGAAUUUGGGCUCCAAGGAUCGACCGAGUGGGUUGAGUCUCACCUUCCAUGGCUCACCUCCACGGCCGUUGCCUACCUAAACAUCGAUGUUGGUGUCUCUGGUCCGCGAACCUCUUUCUCCGGCAGCGGCGAGAUUCAGACUUUCGUCGUGGAACAGAUGAAGAAGGUCCUGUACCCCGAAGGCUGGGGUGAUUUCCCAACACUGUACGAUAUGUGGUAUAAUGUCACCGAAGGCGAGAUCUCUCCCCUUGGAAGUGGAAGUGAUUAUGCGAGCUUCUAUCAAAACGGUAUCGGAUGUAUUGACAUCGGCUCAGAUGGAGGCAAAAAGGACCCCAUAUACCACUACCAUUCAAACUACGACUCUUACGCCUGGAUGUCCCGGUUCGGCGAUCCCGAGUUCUCUCUCCACGCCGCGAUAGGCCAAUGGCUAUCCUUGAUCCUCUACCAUGUCGCCGACGACGUUCUCGUCCCCUGGGACCUCCCCAACGCCGCCACGGUGCUCGAGGCCUACCUUUCUGAGCUUAACGAGACAGUCGCGGAUUCGGACUUCCCCGACCUGGAUAUCAGUCCCAUCGCAUCCGGUAUCGCCGAGUUCAAGAAGCAAGCUGCCAACAUAAAGAGAGUCGCGGACCAGGCCCUCGCCUUCAACGACACAGUCAUACUGGGAGUGGUCAACUCGAAGUACCGGGACUUCUCGAGGGGGUUCGCGAGCGCGGGCGGAUUGCCGGGUAGAGAGACGUUCAAGAAUACGAUCAGUGCGCCGGGUAUCGAUAACGGAUACGGCGCGGAUGUGUUCCCGGCGGUCACGGAUAGUAUUAAUAAAGGUGAUGAGGAGGCUGCUAAUGAGUGGAUUGAGAAGACUGCAGGGGCGAUUUUGAGAGCGGCGGAGAUUCUGGAGGUUAAUUACUAAUGUGUGGUCUUUCUUCACGGCUGUUGUGGGAGGGAAACAUGGUUGUUGUUUGACAAUGCGAUAGAUGUAGUUGAGAUUGUUUGAGACUAUCAAUGUCUGAAAGGUGCAUAUUCUCAACGCAAUUUUGUAUACUCGUGAUGAGAUGCUCUAGUUAUGAAUCAUGUACAAGACGAGAGCACCUAAUCCAGUACUAAACUGCCAUAUACGUGUAGAAAAAGGUCGAAAUGAAUCGAAGACAC